UAUAGACCAAGGUAUGGGUAAUGUAAACUUAAUAUAUUCAAAGAAAAGAUUGUUGUUACGUGAAUAUUUUCUCAACUAGAUGACAUGAAUGCGUUAUAAUGUGGCUUAUGAUAUUUCACUAAUGAAAGACUGUAAUCAGUGAUUGUUAUCAGUGCUUUAAUGACUGUUUUACAAUUUUCAGAUAAUAUCGCACAUUUCUGAUUAUCAAUCUUUAUAACUGACGUCCAAUCACUUCUGUAAUAAACAUCAUGCGUGAAAGUUUUGAUAUAGUUGUACGAAGUGAUAAAUAUACAUUGACAGUCAAAUUGUUGUACAGUGUUUCAAUUAUUCUAUUGAUCAUAUGGUUGAUCAACAUUUUACCAAGUCUUUUUCAAUGGAGAAUCAAUCAAGUCGAUCAUGAUGUAAUACCUAAAACAAUAGAAUUUUCGUGCAAUAAUAUAUCUGUUCUAAACGGGUCAGAAUCAGAUCUUGCUAGUAUAUUACACAAAAUAUAUUCCCCUAUCAGUAAAACAUCCGUUCAAAAAUACCCACUGAGAUAUAGUCUGGAAGAAAAUAGACUUGAGAAAUUAUAUGAUUCAUUGGGUGUGAAUAAGACGGUGAAGACGUUUCUCAACUAUGGGCAUCGUACAAUUUUUAGACCAAUGAACUUUUCAAAAUGUCAUGCUUCAAAAUGUGCAGUUAUCACUGACAUGAACAGAUGGCGAGAAGCUGAUGCACUUAUACUGACAGAAGAUAAAGUGCCAAAUGGAAUUCGACCUCCAGAGCAAUUAUGGUUUAGUUUAAUAGAAGAGUCGCCUGUACAUAUUGCUAUGGCAGGUACACUGGAAAAUGAAAUUAAUUACACUAUCUCCUUCCGUCUGGAUUCAACGAUUUACUCACCAUACGGUUCCUAUGAGCCAUACAAGAAGCACCAUGGACCAGAAACACGAUAUCCUUUACCUUCUAGAAACUUCGCUACUGGGAAAUCAAAGAAAGUUGCAUGGUUUGUGAGUAACUGUAUACCGAAAAGUCCAAGAAUGCAAUACGCCAAAGAACUUUCACGAUAUAUCCCGCUUGAUAUUUAUGGUCAUUGUGGCACGUUAUCCUGUCCAAAGUAUAAUCCGACUUUUACCUCAUCAGACAGCUGCUUGAAAAUGAUUCGCGAAAAUUACAAGUUUUAUUUGAGCUUCGAAAAUAGUUUGUGCAGUGAAUACAUAACAGAGAAGUUGUAUAAAAAUGCAUUAAAAAACGACCUACUUCCAAUUGUGAUGGGUGCAUCGAUAGAGGAAUAUGAAAGAGUCGCUCCUCCAUACUCGUUCAUUCACGUUGAUCAAUUCGAAUCACCAGCUAAACUGGCAGACUAUUUGAAGUAUUUGGACAAGAACGAUACUGCAUAUAAUGAAUAUUUUGCAUGGCAUGGUCAUGGAAUCAUACAUGAUCGGGAUUCACAAACUCAAUGUGCAAUGUGUCUGCUAGCUCAUACAUCUCAUUCAUUUGGUCCAUAUUGGGUUCCGAGUGUGGCACGAUGGUGGAAUGAUGGAUGUAAUGGUCGGAAAUUACGUUGGAAUCUAUGAAUUGUGAAUAUUGACAAUAUUAACGCAGUUGCUUUCUACUUUGUUUGACUGUGUAACAUACCCAAAUCUUUUACUUCCUCUCCAUAUUGACUUCGCUACAUGUUAUUUUUUACAUUCGCUAGUAAUCUUGAACUGAAUCAAUCUGUAAAUAAAAUAAAAUAUCUGUAAUUGGAAUUUAACAAAUCAAACCUUUUUAAUUGAUACCUACUGAAUGAACCUUCAUUUAUACUUGAACCUGCAAAUAAAUUCUUUAA